AUUUUCGCGACCCGCCUCUUAUUACUGACCCCGUAUGAGCCCGGUUCAUGCCAGGUGUCACCCACCCAUUGGAAACGCGAUCGCGAGUUCACGAGGAGGAAAGCGGAGAGAAAGCAUUUCUCUCAUUUCUCAAAAAAAGCUAGGGUUUCUCUCCGAAAGGCGAUUUUGGUGCGACGGUGACCGUUCUUCACUUUCCUCUAUCUACUCGACGACGGAGUGUCUCCUCUACGAGCCCAGAUGGAUCCCGUGGAAGAUAGAAGAAAUACAAAGCGGCAGGAGGAGUUCUACAACAGUAUGGGACACGUGGCCGAUUCAGAAUAUGGGAUUCCCAGGAGGUGUCCCUGUGGUGGGAGAAUCCGAGACGAGGUUCGCGUGAAGGAGAAGUACGACACUCUGCCUGGGAAACGCUUCUUCACGUGCAUCAACUACGAGGCUGAUGGGUUUCAUUACCGUCAGCCUUGGGUUAUAGGUGUGCAGGAGGAGGUCGAAAGUCUGCGUAGGCGGGUGGAGAAGGCUGAGCAGGUGAUCAAGUUGGUGCCCAAUCUCAAUAAACAUAUCGACACAGUUGAGGCAGAGGUUAACCGCCUCAGUUUGGCGGUUGAUAACCUCACUGCUGAGAUUUAUUCUCUCACUGUGCAGGUCGCAAAUCUGGAAAAGGUCUGCUUCGAAUAAAAACCUUAAGGUAAACACUCAAGCUUAACUAAGCUUAACUGAACUGAAGUAUUUAGCUUGCUCUGAUGAAUGCUGAACUAGAGGUGAACUGAACUAGCUAGAGUAGGUAACUGAACUAGAAAUGAAUUGAACUAGGUAGACUAGGAACUGAAAAACAUUAAUUAUCAGUUGGUUGGUUGCUCUGAUGAAUGCUGUUUUGAAUGCUCUUUGUCCACUUCUUGUACUAGUUUUUUAAAACAGAUUUGAUGUGUAAUGAAUGCCGUUAGAGAACAACUUGUUGUGUAAUUAACUUUAAUGAAUUUUGGUGGUUAGACUUACUUUAAUUGCUCUCUCUUAUCAAAGCACAAUGGUAGUUUAAAAACAUAGUUAGAAGUAAAAAAUCUGAAAACCAAAACCACGUUUAAAACAUCACCCCAAACCAAAAUGGAACCGUUUUCUCUAGAUUCUCCCGGGUUUAUGAACCUUUUAUCUUCCCAGACCAGUCAACCCAUAGACGUAGGGUCCAUAGGCGUAGGGUCUUCUACUGUUCCAAAACCGGUGGAGAGGAAAAAGUGGACAACACAAGAAGACAUUGUUCUGAUCAGUGCUUGGUUGAACACCAGCAAGGAUCCGAUAGUUAGUAACCAGCAGAAGUUAGGGUCGUUUUGGAAUAGAAUAGCAGAGUACUUCAAUUCAAGCCCUCAGCUGAGUGGCUACGCUCCUAGAGAGUGGAGUCAGUGUAAGCAGAGGUGGGGUAGAGUUAAUGAGCAGGUCUGUAAGUUUGUGGGUAGUUAUGAGGCGGCAUUGAAGGAACAAGCUAGUGGUCAAAAUGAGAACGAUGUCAUGAAGUCUGCCCAUGAUAUCUUCUUUAACGACUACCAGCUCAAGUUCACUCUCGAGCAUGCGUGGAGGGAACUGAGGUUUGAUCAAAAAUGGAGAUCAAACUCUGUUUCCAGAGAUGGUCCAAAAGAGAAAAGGAAGGAAGCUGCGGUUACAGAGCCUGAGUUGGAAGAGGUUAGGCCUCCUGGUAUUAAGGCUUCCAAAGCUGCGAAACGAAAGAAGCACGGGAAUGAAGCAGCUCUUGAUCAGAUAGAGAGCAUACUAGCAAAGAAAACUAUCAUAUCAAACCGGAAAAUCCUUGAUCGUCUCUUAGGAAAAAAUGCAGAUACACUUUCUGAUCAAGAAAGGACACUCAAGAAUAAACUGAUUUCCGAAAUGCUUUGAGUUGGUCAGUGGGUAAUUUUUUGUCUGUUUUGUGUUGUCUAUUUCUUUUUGUUUUUUGAGUGUUGUCUAGACUAGAGUGUGAUUUGUGAUUUGUGAUAUGUGAUUUCUUGAGUGUUGUCUAGACUUUUUGUUUAACUUUAUUGAUUCGACUCUGUUUUAUGUUGCAGGUCACGGGUUGCAGGAGGUGGAUGGUUGUACUUGUGUUCCAGUCACGGGUUCACGAUUUCUCUGUUUCUUUUAUGUACCUGUCUUUUAGCUUUAUGUACCUCUCUUUUAGCUCUAUGUAUGUCGGUUUCAAUCACGGGAAAGUGUAGAAUGUUGGAUUUUUCUACACUUCUAUCUUAUGUAAUCACGGGUGUAUGUACCCCUGAUAACUUCAUUCACGGGUGUAAACAUUGUCUCCCUAUAUAUAUUAUGUUUGUCACUUCUCUUUGGCGAUCAUUUAUAAAAUCUCCAAUGCAACUUCUCUUUCUUUCUCACUUGUCUUUGUGAAACACACUGCUUUCCUCAUCCUCCUCUACACCAAGUCUCCAAAGUAUUUGUGUAUCGACCCACUGCUUUCCUCAUCCUCCUUUACACCAAGUCUCUUUCCUUGUAUUUAGGUAAUCACAUAUCUUGAACCGUAGCUUUUUAAACGAACCGUUGUUUUUAAAAAAAAAAAGAACCGUUGUUUUUAAACGAACCGUUGCUUUUCUUACAAGUAUCAUGUAUAUUCUAAUGUACCGUUGCUUUUUUUUAAUAUGAAACACCGAUUUUGUUUGAAACAUAUAUGAACCGUUGUUUUUUUAUAUGUAUAUAAAAUACAAUUUAAAGAAAUAUGUAAUUAUUUUGUUUAAUUAAUAUGAUAAUAAUUUUUUUUUUUUAAUAUGUACAAAGGAUGUCUUCCUCAUCAAGUGAUGAAGUAGAUGAAGCUUUAGAUGAAAUUGUCGACGAAGUAGUCGAUAAUUACAUCGACUCAAUGGUUAAUGCUCAAAUCAACAAGCCGAAGCGACGAAGUUAUAUCGAAAGAGAGCGGGAACUAGGACACAAACAACUAUGGAACGAUUAUUUCGCGGAAAACCCAACAUACCAGCCGGAAAUGUUUAGGCGCCGUUUUCGAAUGAACAAAACUUUGUUCCUUCGCAUAGUCCAAAGCCUAACUAAUGAACUGCCAUACUUUCAGCAAAGAAGAAAUGCUCAUGGAAGGUUGGGGCUAUCUGCACUUCAAAAGUGCACGGCCGCAAUACGUAUGCUGGCAUACGGACAAUCGGGAGAUAUGUAUGACGAAUAUCUCCGACUAGGUGAAAGUACUUCACGUUUAUGUUUGGAUAAUUUCACUAAUGGGAUUAUACAAUUGUUUGGAGCUGAGUAUUUAAGAAGACCUACACCGGCGGAUCUUCAACGAUUACUCGAUGUUGGAGAGGCACGGGGGUUUCCAGGGAUGGUAGGCAGCAUCGAUUGUAUGCAUUGGGAGUGGAAAAACUGCCCAACGGCUUGGAGAGGGCAGUUUACACGUGGUUCAGGAAAGCCGACAAUUGUCUUAGAAGCUGUGGCAUCACAGGAUCUUUGGAUAUGGCACGCAUUUUUCGGUUUACCAGGUACUCUCAACGAUAUCAAUGUUCUUGAUCGGUCUCCAGUUUUUGAUGACAUUUUACAAAGUCGAGCACCUAAAGUUAAUUUCAAGGUCAACAACCACACCUAUCAUAUGGCAUACUACCUUACUGACGGAAUUUAUCCGCAUUGGGCUACAUUUAUCCAAUCCAUCCCACUUCCUCAAGGUCCUAAAGCAGUGCGGUUUGCUGAACGCCAAGAAGCCACUAGAAAAGAUGUCGAACGUGCUUUUGGAGUAUUGCAAUCGAGAUUUGCAAUAGUUAAAAACCCAGCUUUACAAUGGGACAAGGAAAAAAUAGGAAGGAUUAUGAGAUGUUGUGUUAUAUUGCACAAUAUGAUAGUCGAGAACGAAAGAGACGGAUACAAUCAAAUUGAUACAUCAGAGUUCGAGUCGGGAGAGUCAAGCAGAAGUUCCCAGGUGCGAAGAAGAGAAAGUUUGAAUGGCCAUAAUUUCCUUGGCAUUCGCACUGAAGUUCGAAAUUCCGAUAAACAUAAUCGUUUGAAAGCUGAUCUCAUCGAAAAUAUCUGGCAAAUGUUUGGUAAUGUAGAUGAUUGAUCGUUGUAUGUUCAUGAAUUCUCAAUGUAUUGAAUAAAUUUCUUUUUUUAAUAUAUUGGUUAAUGUAAUCAAUUCUUAAUGUAUUCAAUAUUUUAAAACUUAUUAUAUUU